GAUUUUUGGCCUGUAUGCUGACGAAUCCAUAGGCUGGAAUUUGCUUUUUGUAUUAGCUCGUACAUGAUCUACGCAAGUGAAAAGAGUUCUAGUUAUCCUGAUUUUGGCAUAUACCACUUGUCUGAUGCUUUCUGGAAGUCUGUUUCCAAGGGCGUGGCAGAGGCUGACAGUUCAUUGCAGCGGUAACGGUCACUGCGUGAACACGACACGUACACGUCAUUUAUCCACUUACUCUUUGCUAGAAAACAAAAAGUCAAAACUCGUCUGGCUGCUUUUUCCAUGCAUCUUUUUCGGGGGAUACGGCGUCUUUAAGUUCACCAAAUACUCUGAAGAUUACUUCAACCAGAUUAAUCCUUCUAUAAAAAAAGAAAAAAUUGUCAUAGUUGGAUCUAGCUGGGGUGCUGUAUCUUGUCUUCGACGCUUAGAUUUGAACAAAUUCGACGUGACGGUUGUUUCUCCCUUAAACUAUUUUUUGUUUACUCCUGGAUUACCUGAUGCCGUUGCUGGAGUAGUCAAAGUUGAAUCUAUUACUGAGCCUAUACGUAAUUUUGUAAAAUCUGAUCGUUUCCAUUUUUUUGAAGCUUCUGUAACUAGUAUCAACCAUCAUUCUAAAUACCUUGAGUGCUCACCCGUCUCUGGAUGUGAUCCAUUUAAGCUCGAAUAUGAUAAACUCAUAUUGGCAAUUGGUUCUGUGCCUAACUAUCUUGACGUAAAAAAUGCAGUUCAGUACUCUUUACCUUUAUACGGGCUUGUUGAUUCUAUCAAGAUUAGAAAUGAAAUUAUUAGUCGCUUGGAGCGUGCAAACCUCCCGAAUACUGGGGACGAAGAAAAAAGAAAACUUUUGCAUUUAGUCGUAGUUGGUGGUAGUCCUGUUAGCUCAAACUUAGUCGCAAAUCUUCAUGACUAUCUCAAAUCUGAUAUCGACAAAAUAUAUCCCCAUUUAUCAAGAUAUUUAAGAAUUACUAUGGUCCAUACAAAAGCCCACAUUCGUAAUUUCUACGAUAAGACCAUUAGUGACAAUAUGUAUAAUUAUUUCUGCAGAGAAGGCACGGAGGUUUUAUUUGCUACUGUUAUCAAAUCUAUCUCCAAGAACAGCAUUACUGCCGAAAUCUCCGAUCCUUUGAUAUCUGGAACAAAAUGUAUUGAUAUACCAUUUGGUAUAUGCAUCUGGACAGUUGGACCUUCUCUUCAUCCUCUUUUGAAAAAAUUCCACGAUAUUGUUACUAUUCAAAAUAAUGAACACGCUUUAGUUUGUGAUCCUGCUCUUCGAGUCAAGGGCGUUGAAGACGUUUUUGCUGUCGGUGAUUGCGCGACCAUCGCUCAAGACUAUAUUCUGCAAAAAUUUGACGAUAUUCUGAAUAGGGCAGAUUUGAACAAAGACGGAAGUAUUGAUUUGAACGAAUAUCACCACUUAAUCUCCAAGAUGGCUUUAGUUUACCCCGCUAUCAAAGCUUUUGAUAGUCAAAUUUUUCAUAAGUUUGACAUAGAUUCUAGUCAGAAACUUUCCGUCGAUGAAUUUAAACAAUUUUUGGUUUACGCAGAGCACACAUUAACUCGAUUUCCUCAAACAGCAACUGUGGCUUUUCAACAGGGUGAUUUUUUGGCUAGACACUUAAAUAAGGGCUCUUAUGAGCAAGGCCAGCCAAAUGUCCCAGGAAAAGCUGAGCUGCCUAAGUUUCCGGAGUUUAAGUACAAGCAUCUGGGUGGGUAUGAGUAUGUUGGAGCGGAACAAGGAAUCUUGCCUAGAGGCAGCAAAGGCCAAUCAAUUUUUUCUGGUAUCGGAGCCAUCUGGAUGUGGAAGGCUGUAUAUUUUUCUAAAAUGAUACCUAUGAAUGUCCGAUUCAAUUUGUUGUAUGAUUGGCUACAUACCUAUGCAUUUGGUUCGCGUGCUAAGAAAAUUUAAUCAUCACUCAGCUUUUUGUAUUCACUAUUUUACAUGUCUAAGAUGCUGCUAUUCUUACGAUUUGCUAUAGCUUCGUAGCGUUGAUAACGGCGCGAAUUUAUUCCUGAAUUCUAUAAUUCAGAACCUCGCUUCAAGUACUCUCGGAGCUCAGUUCGCUUUUUAUCAAGAUUGUGCCAUUCUGUCCAAUUAAAGCGAUUUUUGAUAUAAAGCUUCCUCAGAGUUCUAUCGAUAAUUUUUUUUUCCAGUGCUGAAUACGUAUAAUCUUCCUUCGAUUUGAAAAAAAAUGUAAAUGCGAGUAUUGUCGCUGAAAAGUUGAUGAAAUAAGUAAUAGGUUCGAUAAUAUCCCAGUUAAAGUCAAUCCA